CGAUGAGUUUACAAGUUAAAGAGAUCUUGUGUCAUGAGACAUCUAAAUAUCAAGAUGUUUUAAUAUUUAAAUCUGAGACAUAUGGAAAUGUACUGGUCUUGGAUGGUGUAAUACAGUGUACUGAACGUGAUGAAUUUGCUUAUCAAGAAUUGAUUACGCAUAUUCCAAUGACUUGUCACCCUAAUCCUAAAAAGGUUUUGGUGAUUGGUGGAGGUGACGGAGGCGUUAUUCGUGAAAUUGUAAAACAUGAUUCAGUUGAAGAAGUUACAUUAUGUGAGAUUGAUGAGGCAGUAAUUAGAUUAUCCAAGAAGUAUCUUCCAGAUAUGGCAGUUGGAUUUUCUCAUCCAAGGGUUACUAUUCAUAUUGGCGAUGGAUUUCCUUAUCUAAAAGACAAACAAAAUACUUUUGACGUCAUCAUUACUGAUUCCUCUGACCCUGUUGCAGAAUCAUUAUUUCAAGCAGAAUAUUUUGGGUUAUUGAAAAAUGCAUUGCGUGAAUGUCAAUGGCUUCAUCUUCCAUUAAUCUCUGAAGUUCAGGGAUAUUGUAGAUCAGUAUUUAAAGUAGUUGAUUAUGCAUUCACCACGAUUCCCACAUAUCCUUCUGGUCAAAUUGGUUUCAUCUUAUGUGGAAGAGAUGAUAACGUUGAUUUUAGAAAACCAAUUAGAACUUGGUCAGAAGAAGAAGAAGCCAAGUUAUUUAAGUAUUAUAAUUCAGAAAUUCAUAAAGCUGCUUUUGUCUUGCCUCAAUUUACUAAAAAUUUUUUGAAAAGUGCUGAUUCUUUGGUUGAUUCUUUAAAGAAAUCUAUUUUCAACGAUGAGAAGGCAAAAUCAGCUACUGUUUUUUCUUUACUAGCUUGUAAUAAUAUAGACGACCAAUCAUUACUUAAAGAUAUAGAUAUCACUAUUAUUCUCGGUAACAAACAAAGACCGUUGCCCAAACCCUUUAAUAAUCGUCCUGGAUAUGAUAUGAAGUAUGUUGUGUCAUACAUCAACAAUUAUCAUCCUAUUUAUUAUGUUGAAGAAUUUGAGAAAAUCGAAAGAUCAUAUGACAACUUGUCUAUCGUAAAACGGGAUGAAAAACUUAUUCAAUGGGCAGUACGAGUUAGAAUCAAUCUUCAAGAUUUAUUAAUUCUUGAAAAUUCAUUCUUACAAUUUAACUGGACAAAAGAAGCAAAAAUUUAUACGUAUACGGAAAGAAGAUUUCAACCAAAUCAUAUCGAAGGAAUAUUAAUUGCAUAUAGAAACGGUGAUAUCUCAACUCAACGUUGUAGGAGUAAUAAAAAAGAAUUUUCGACCAAAAAUAAUGAGCAUGAUCCUGAUUGUAAAGACAGGUUCAUUGUGGAUUCCGUAUACUAUGACGAUUCAGAUGCAUUUUUGGUAUACUUUACUCAAGAAUCCGAUGACAUUUGUGAUGAAGCAACUGGUUACCUCCUUGUCUGUUUUAAUAAUAUUGGCAAAAUAGCAUCAAUUCGUAUAGCAUCACCAUCAAAGCAUAUCCGAGGGAUAGCAAGCGAGGAGCCAUCCUUUACACUCAAUCCUACUUAUGAUGAGAAACGUGAUGUAUUUAAGAUUAAUUUUACAGAUUCUGCUCCCAUGACCACGUUCAAAAAAACUGAAGUUGAAGAUGUCGAGCUGGAAAUAGAUAAUGAAGGAAAGCUCGUUACAUUGUUGUUUCAUAAUGCCAGUAACAAAAUGUCAAACAUAUCAUAA